AUGGCAACCCUGGCUACAGCGCCUAGCAAUUGUUGCAUCAAGACGGUCGAGCACACUGGCACUGCUCGCGGGACCAUAGAGAAGAUCGCGGGUAUCGAUACUUACAUCGUAGGCACAGCCGAUCCUCAAGAUUCGAGGAAGAUCAUCCUGUUUUUCGCGGACGUCUACGGCCCCAUAUUUUUGAAUUCGCAGCUCAUCAUGGAUUACUGGGCAUCCAACGGCUAUCUCGUACUCGCCCCGGACUACUUCGAAGGCGACGCGGCCGGUAAGUAUGUCGGGACGCCGGGGUUCAUUAUGAGAGACUGGGCCAAACCCAAGAUGGAGAAAGCCGUCCUGAUGAUCCCUCCUUGGCUCAAGGCCGUGAGGGAGCAAUACGAUUCCACGAACACGAAGUGGGUCACCGUCGGGUACUGCUUUGGUGCCCCAUUUGUAAUGGACUGCGUUGCAUCCGACUGGAUCUCUGCAGGAGCUCUCGCACACCCUGCCUACCUCGAUGAAGGCCACUUCCGUCGCGCGAAGAAGCCUUUGUUGCUGUCAUGUGCAGAGAUAGAUCACACAUUCCCCGCUAUGAAUCGCCGCCGAGCCGUAGAUAUCCUUGUCGAGAAUAAGACAAAAUAUCAUGUCCAAGUCUUUUCUGGUGUUACUCACGGUUUUGCUUUGCGAGGGAACGUGAACGACCCCAUCGCGAGGUGGGCGAAGGAGAAGAGCGCGGAGGGCAUCCUCAGUUGGUUUGACCUAUUUAUCAAUUAA